UCCACCUUCCACCAGCUCCACAUUUAUUUGCUUUCUAUCUGUUUCUAUCAGCGUAUAGAUAUGUGUGGAUAAAGAUUUUUAAAGGAUUUUUUAUGUAAUUUAUCAUAUAAAAGUCAGGAUGCAGGUCUCCGCACCGAAUAACAUAAAGAUUUACAAUCUUAGCGCUGGAAAAUCUCUCCCCGAGUGGUUAUCGGAGCGAAAAAGGAGAAGUUUAUCGAAGAAGAAUGUCGAUAUACGACGACGCAUCGAACUUAUACAAGACUUUGACAUGCCCGGCAUAAGCACGUCUAUUAGGGUUUCUAAAGAUGAGCAGUACAUACUCGCAACAGGAAUUUAUAAACCACGUGUGAAAUGUUUUGACGUACAUAAUUUGGCUUUGAAAUUUGAGAGAUGUUUCGAUUCCGAAGUAGUUACCUUUGAAACAAUAUCGGACGACUAUAGCAAAAUAAUAUUUUUGCAAUGCGAUCGCAGCGUUGAAUUUCACGCUGCUCAUGGGAAAUAUUAUAAGCUCAGAGUGCCAAACUUUGGAAGGGAUCUGAAAUAUCACUAUCCGUCAUGCGAUAUUUUUAUCGUAGGCGAUAGUAAUAAGAUAUACAGAAUAAAUCUUGAACGCGGCCAAUUUUUGCAACCGUUCGAAACGGAAGGGACAUCGUUAAAUAAAUGCGAGAUAAAUCCAUUGCAUCAUUUACUCACGGUCGGCACUCAAGAGGGAAAAAUUGAAGCUUGGGAUCCGAGAGUGAGGAAUAGAGUGGGUAUACUCGAUUGCGCCUUGCACUGCAUCACUCAAGAAAAUUUGAAGACAGUUCCUGCAAUUACUGCCUUGAAAUUUCAAGGAGGAUUGAAUUUGGGAGUUGGCACAUCAACAGGACAUGUAUUUUUAUAUGAUAUAAGAUCUAAUAAACCGUUUUUAACUAAGGACCAUAUGUACGGAUUGCCGAUCAAGUGCAUAGAUUUCCACCAAAAGAUGGAUCUCGUUUACUCUAUGGAUAGUUCUAUUACGAAAAUAUGGGAAAGGGAUAGCGGUAAACUUUACACUUCCAUAGAGGCUCAACACAACUUCAAUGAUUUGUCUGUCAUACCGAACAGCGGUAUGCUACUGAUGGCUAAUGAAACUACAAAAAUGCAAAUUUAUUACAUCCCUAGUUUUGGCCCUGCCCCUUAUUGGUGCAGUUUCCUCGACAAUCUUACAGAGGAAUUGGAAGAGCUGAAUUAUGACAUCAUCUACGAUGAUUACAAAUUUGUAACCGAUAAGGAAUUGGACGAAUUAGGUCUUUCGCAUCUGAAGGGCACUAAUCUACUGAGGGCUUAUAUGCACGGUUACUUUAUGGAUAUGCGAUUAUACAGAAAAGCAAGGGAUGUAAUGAAACCGUUUGAAUUCGAAGAAUAUAAAAAGAGGAGAAUUCGCGAUAAGAUUAAAGAGGAGACCGUCAGCAGAGUACAGGUGCAAAAAUUGCCAAGUGUAAAUCAGGAACUGGCAUUGAAAUUAAUGGAGAAUGCAAAUGUUAAUAACAAAAAGAAACAAACGUCUUCUAAUCUGCUGAAAGACGAACGAUUUAAAGCUCUCUUUAACAAUCCUGAUUUCCAAGUCGAUAAAGACUCUGAGGAGUAUUCUUUAUUGAAUCCUGUUAUUUCUCAACUUGCUAAAAGUAAAGCUAAGAAAUUGCAACAGCGGUUGGCGCAAGAAGAAGAAGAAGCUCAAAAUAAACCUGAUGAGGAUGAGCCGAAAGACAAUAGCUCAGAUGAAAGUUUCGUUCAUGAUAGCUCUGACGACGAUAGCUCAGACGAUGAGAAACCGUGGGCUAAAGAAGUUCGAAAGAAUUAUCGAUUAAUCAAGAAAAACGAAAGAGAGAAGGAACAGGAGAACGAGGAUGACGAUAAUCUGAUUGCGAGAAAUGAACCGAGGAUGAACGAGAUUAAACGUGAGGUGAAAUUCGAGGAAGGUGGGCCGGAAAGGAAAAAACGAAACAAAGCAACGUUUGGCGAAAGAUUGGAGAAUGAAGAGACGCAUAAUAUUAAAGUAUCUGGUUCGCGCGGCAGUAGGGAGAUGACUUUUGUUAUUGGAAAGAUUGACUGUAAUAAUAAAUCCAAAAAUAAUAAAGAUUUACCUCAACAAAAUCAUGAAGAGUAUACGGAGGUACCAUCUAUAUUAACGAGUAUAACAACAACUUUUCAAAGCACUGAUCAAGUGGGUGAAAUUACUGAGGAUUAUGAGAACUUCAUUAGUACAUCAGCUGUACUUCAUUAUUGUAAACAUAAAAUACUGAGGCCUUAUCUGAGGCUAUUGGGAGUAAUGGGACUGAGACCAACUAGCAGCGAUGACUCCGAUCAUUUUUUACGAUGUUCCAUUUUAGCAAAUUUUCAUACUGUGCAAGUUACUAUAUUUAUGUGUAUUGGAUAUAUUUUACAAUAUAUGGCUUGCUUCAGGAGAGAUCGAGGAUUCUGUUACAAAAUAUUAGCCUUGGAAAAAAACGCGUUGGACGUCGGGGAACAGACGCAAGAACCGUCUUGCUAUGGAAACGUGAUAUUCAGCUACUUAAUCCCAAGUGUAUUACAUUUAGCAGCCUAUUUGUACACAAUAUAUUUAUUUCGCGUCAAGGAAAACGAGCAGCUGCAGAAUCUGAUGGAAAGAGCGUUUCUGCUCUCUUCGAAUCCGAUAAAUCGUGGUAAUCAAAAGCGCCUUGUCCACAUACUUUGGCUGUUCAUAGCGUUGAGCAUCGUAUGGAUGAUUAUGGCACUGGUUACAGUGAACAUUCAGAUGGCGGAAAGAAAUAUUGUAUUUCAGUGGAUGGAAAACAGUCCGUAUCAGGUGAAGAUAAUGUUGAAGGUAUUCCUAAUCGUCUGCACUUUAUGGCACGACAUGGUUCAGGGAACCAUUAUAACAAGCUACUGUCUGCAAGGACAGCUACUGAUGUCGCAUCUUUACUUUCUACGCGGCAAGUUGCUCCAACAUAUUCUACUGCCCAUCGAUUGGAUGAGGGACAUCGAUGAGUUCAAGAAGCUGCUGAAAUACUUCAACGACGAAUUAGGACCAGCUGUUUGCAUUUACACUAUAGUCAAUCUGUCCUGGGCGGCUGCGGGUAUCGUGUGGUUGUUUCAAUACUACGUCAACGACGGGGAUAACAAUCCUGUUACGUAUAUCAACGUAAUAAACGUUAUAUUGUGGAUUCUGAUUUCGGUCGCUCCGUUUAUACAGGCUGCUCGUUUAACGAAUGCUUGCUCCACGAUCCGGGCUGUGGGACAUGAGAUACGUAUACGGCCAUUCGUAUAUCAAACCACUCCGGGUGAGGAUCUCGAUAGCAUAUUGCUGUAUACGUCCUCGUUAAAGAUGUGCGCCAGGCUGUUCAGGAUACCUAUCAAGGGUAGAUAUUUAUGUCUUUUGUUAACUAUCGGCAGUAUUUCUAUUCUCACUUUAGGGCAGUGUCGGUUUUCCUGAUGAUUAUAGUAGUACUUUAGUCAAGGCUGUGCUGCAUAAAUGCGUCGAGCAUUUUUUUUUUUAGUAUACGAUAGUUUCGUACAAUCGUUUACGUAUAGAAUGUAUUAGCCAUAUUAAGUUAUUUAAGUUCGACCUUUUUUUUACGUUUAUGGUAUAGGCAAUGUAUAGAUAAUUGUAGCGCAUCAAAAAAUGCGCGAUACAUUAUUAAAGAUUCAAGCGAGAAAAUUUUGUUAAUAAAGAUUCUUACGCAGCUAUAUGCGCUUCUGUUUAUAUCUCUAUAAUGACGUUUCAUAUGUAAUGUUUUAAUAAAAAACGACAGUCGAGAAUAAUAGCUGAAUGAUAUUGAAAAAGGUAUUUUAUUCGCUUCUUAUUAUCAUCCAAUACAUUACACUCUCCAGUAAUGGCAGUAAUAUUGCAACAUCCUGUAAUUAUAAUUCGCAUUGUUAACUUACUUGCAAACUAUGUAAACCUACAAAAUGUUCAAUAAACAUCUUAUACAGAAA